AUGGCCGCAAGCGACGCGCCCAUGGGGGCGGAGGAGCCGGAGAUGCACGCUGGAUUCGAGUUCGCCUUCGACAACGAGGCCUUCUCCGACAAGGUGCUACGGAUAGAGGUCAUCGACAGCAGAUACGAUGCGACUCAGUUUGGCGCUGAUGCCGCCAGCCGCAAGCGCCGCCGCGAGGAGGCCGAAGGUGAUAAUGGAGAAGGUAUCAACUCUUCUUGUAGUGUGAUGGGUACUCCAGUUCUACGAUUCAAGACCAUGUAUGUCAAUUCGGCGAUUCUUGCUUCAAAAAGUCCUUUCUUUUUCAAGCUUUUCUCCAAUGGUAUGAAAGAAUCUGGUCAAAGUCAGGCAUCAGUUAGAAUUACUGAUUCAGAUGAAAAUUCUUUCAUGGAGCUUUUACACUUUAUGUAUAGUGGGAAAUUGACACAAACAGCUGAUCCCGCUCUUCUGGUUGAUAUCCUUAUGGCUGCUGACAAAUUUGAGGUUGUUUCUUGCAUGAAGCUUUGUGGUCAGCGCCUCAUAACCAUGCCUAUGACCCUCGAAUCUGCAGUGCUGUGCCUAGAUCUCCCAAGUUCUGUUUCAAAUGCAGCUGACCUGGAAGAGGCAGCAAAGCAAUACCUUGCUGAAAAAUACAAGGAAUUCCUGUCAACAAAGUUCCAAGAUGAACUGAUGAGGAUCCCUCUUGCUGGGAUUGUAGCCAUCUUAUCAAGAUAUGACCUGGGGGUCGCAUCUGACGUAGCCGUCUAUGACUUCAUGCUUAGGUGGGCAUUUUGGCAGUACCCAAAUUCAGAAGAAAGGUACAAGAUCUUAAGUUCACGUUUACUACCGCUAGUGCCGCUAAUGCGAGUAAAGAACGGUGUCAUGAAAGGUGUUGUGCCGGACUGUGUAUUUGGCAUCUAUCUAAUGCGUGAGCGGUGCUCUAAGCUCUUACUGUCAAAAACUGAAUACUUUCAAAAGUUCAGUUUCAUGGGGCAUGUCUUUUCCCUCUCGGCACACUGUAACAUGGACUCGUACAACUGUUUUGGUCUCUUAUUGGAGAUGCUAGAAGACAAGGGGCCAGUGAGAGGGACAAUAGAUUGUAGUUUUCAGAUAAAGACAAGACCGUCCCUGGAGUUUGUCACCAGGUACAAGUGCACUUACACUGAUAGUAGGAAGGAUGUGGAAUGCAGGGAUCUCUUUGGUGUUCCCUGGUCAGAGUUCAUUGCUGAUGACAGCCCUUUCUUCAUUGACGACAUACUGAAUCUGCAAGUUCACAUGAAGAUGGCGUAGAAGCCCUUGUGAUCGUGCAUUAGCCGCUUGUUAUUCUAUUUAGAUGCAUUCACUAGCUUGAUGUGCCUUGCUCAAGCCUCUUUUUUUGUUCAUUUGAAGUAUGUAUGAAGAAUCCUGAACCGGGAUGCUCUUGUUAUCUGCUAGAGU